UUUUAAUCCACCAAAAUGUACAACGAGUUUGUGGACGAGUAUGAGAGUUACCCGUUGGAGGAUGCAGAGAACUACCACUACCCAGUUCGAGGGGAAGGGGAUUUUGUUGACCGUGGCCACUACCCCACCUACUCCAUCCCUGAGGAGGUGAAGAAGUACAUCACCUACUUCAGGGACGCCAUCAGGGACGGAAACAUCUACGACAUCCCCUCCCUCUAUGUGGACUUCAACCGUUUGACAGAAGAGUACUAUAAGACCCAGUCAUGGCCGGAGGUGGAGGACCUUUGGAACAAGCUGGUAGAGCAGGAUGGACGUGACGACAUUUUUCUGAUCCUUUACCGAGAGUUGUACUACCGACACAUCUACGCCAGAGUGCAGGGCGGCCCUACCAUUCCUCAGCGGUUUGAGUCCUACUACAACUACUGCAACCUCUUCAACUAUAUCCUCAGCGCAGAGACCCCCGUACCCCUGGAGCUUCCUAACCAGUGGCUGUGGGAGAUAAUAGAUGAGUUUAUCUACCAGUUCCAGUCGUUCUCCCAGUUCCGGUCCAAGCUCGGCAAGAAGAGUGAGCCAGAGAUUGAGUUACUGAAAGACUCGCCCAAGAUCUGGAAUGUUCACUCAGUCCUCAAUGUUCUGCACUGUCUGGUGGAUAAGAGCAAUAUUAACAGGCAGCUGGAGGUGUACACAAGCGGUGGUGACCCAGACAGCGUGGCGGGUGAGUUUGGCCGUCACCCGCUGUACAAAAUGUUGGGGUAUUUCUCCCUCAUUGGUCUGCUGCGCCUUCACUCCCUGCUGGGCGACUACUACCAGGCCAUUAAGGUCCUUGAGAACAUUGAGCUGAACAAGAAGUCGAUGUACUCCCGUGUGCCAGCCUGUCAGAUCACCACCUACUACUAUGUGGGGUUCGCUUACAUGAUGAUGCGGAGGUAUGCUGACGCCAUCCGCACCUUCUCAAACAUCCUGGUAUACAUCCAGCGAACCAAGGCAAUGUUCCAGACACGUAACUACCAGAACGACCAGAUUAAUAAGCAGACAGAGCAGAUGUACACCCUGCUGGCGAUCUGCAUGGUGCUCCACCCACAGAGGAUUGACGAGGUGGUGCAGUCCUCACUCAGGGAAAAGACGCUGGCGGCCUUUCUUGUUCCCCCACAGCGCAACGACACCCAGGAGUUCACCCAGUGCUUCACCUUCGCCUGUCCAAAGUUUCUGAGCCCCGUGCCACCGCCCUUCGACUCAGCCCCGGCCAACUACCACAAAGAACCCUUCCAGCAGCAGCUCAAGGUGUUCCUUGACGAGGUGCAGCAACAGCAACAGAUCAGCGUGAUGCGUUCCUACCUCAAGCUGUACACCACCAUGCCCACCGAGAAAAUGGCUGCCUUCCAGGAGAUGAGCGAGGACGACUUCCGCAACGCACUGCUCUGCUUCAAACACAAGAUGCGCAACAUGGUGUGGACUAAAGGAACCUCAGGACUGCAGGGAGACUUCCAGAGCGAUUCAGAGGUGGAUUUCUUCAUUGAUGGCAGCAUGAUCCACAUUGCGGAUACCAAGGUGGCUCAGCGGUACGGAGACUUCUUCAUCCGCCAGAUCCACAAGCUAGAAGAGGUCAACCGCAGCCUCACCAAGGUCAAAGUGUAGUGGUGGUGGUGGUGGUGGUGGGGGGGUGGUUGGAAAAGGUUAUGUUAGGUUCCAUUUUCUUUUUUCUUG